GAUCAAAAAGUUUUACGGGGAUAGAGACACAGAAGGCAACGAAGUCUUACUUACACGGCGAUGGGUUGGGAAGGAGAAUGGGUACCUUAAUGAGAGAGGAUAUUUUAUGGUUAAUGGAGAGGAAUCUUCAUUGCCUUGGAGUACCUGUUGUCUUCACCACAUCUUAUGGGGAUAGCCAAGGUAUUCUUGGCUAUGUGAGAGAGUUAUGUGAGGAUGGGAAGCUUGAUGAAGUAAUUGAUCCAAUGGUGGCAAAAGAUAUGACAUGUUGUCAAAGAUUGCAGGUGGAAGCGUGUGUGGUGCUGGCUUUGAGAUGCUGUAAGAAAAGAGAUGAAGAUAGACCAAAGAUGAUCCAAGUAGCUAAAGAACUCAAGCGGAUUCAGACAUCAUGGAAAGAUCCAUGCUAUCAACUGUCUGUCAUGGUAACUCCGGAUUCAUCGCUUAUACCAAUGAUCAGCAUUGUUGCAGGCAAUCCAGGUGAGAAAUGGGAAACGUUUGAAACAAAGAUGGCUCAUGGUAGUAGCAUAAUCGCUUUCUUAAGAUAUAAGCUACACGAGAAUGGUUGAGCAGGAGCUUGAGCUCUGCACUGUCUUAAUACAGAUUAUGCCACUAG